AUGCGCAUAGGAGGACGAAUUGACAGAUCGCCGCUAAACUACGACGCUAGGCAUCAAAUUUUGCUUCCCUACAAUCAUCGUUUUUCCGCAUUAUUGGUCGAGUGUCUUCACGAAAGAAAUCUGCAUGCUGCUCCGCAAUUGCUCGUGGGAUUACUCCGCCUGAAGUACUGGAUCAUAGGGGCCAGAAACCUGGCCAAAACCAUUAUCCAUCGCUGCCUAAUCUGCGUCCGAGCUCGCCCUAAAUUGGUGGAACAAUUUAGGGCGGAGCUGCCCAAGGAACGCAUAAGCGCAAGCCGUCCUUUUACGAUAACGGGAGUGGAUUACUGGGGCCCUAUUUUCCUGAAACCUCCGCAUCGUCGUUCAGCACCCAUCAAAUCGUUUGUAGCAGUUUUCGUUUGCUUCAGCACUAAGGCCGUGCACAUUGAAAUGGUUUCGGACUUAACUACAGCGAAAUUCAUUCAGGCUCUGCGACGCUUCGUUUCGCGUCGGGGUCCACCUUCCGAUCUACAUAGCGACAAUGGCAGAAACUUCCUCGGUGCUAAAAACGAAUUGAAUCGUCUUCUUCGCAAUCCAGAGUACGACGAGAAGGUGGCAAUUGAAUGUGCCGAUUGCAACAUCCGUUGGCAUUUCAAUCCCCCGAGGGCAUCGCAUUUCGGCGGGUUGUGGGAGUCCGCCAUCAAUUCAGCACAAAAACACUUCGUCCGUGUGGUCCGGGACCGCGCUCUGGCAUACGACGACAUGCACACCCUAUUAUGCCAGAUAGAAUGCUGCCUCAAUUCACGGCCAAUCGUUGCCUUGAGUGACGAUCCUUCCGAUUUCGAACCGCUGACACCUGGACACUUCCUGGUUGGUACAUCUCUAAAGGCGGUACCAGACGAAAAUCUAUCUGCAGACACGGUUCAUUAUCUGAAGAAGUGGCAACUCGUUCAGAAACUCUUCCAAGAUGUGUGGCGACGCUGGCACCUAGAAUAUUUGACAACGUUACAACACAGAGUUAAAUGGUGCAACCCACCUGUUACGAUACGAGAGAACCAGCUUGUCCUAUUGAAGGAAGAGGGAAUUCCACCUAUUCGUUGGCCGACAGCUAGAAUCACAAAAAUCCAUCCAGGGGCUGAUGGAAUCACUAGAGUAGUAACUCUUAAAACUCCCAAGGGCUCGUGCACUAGACCGGUGGCGAAAAUUUGCCUGUUGCCGAUUACAUCAGCAUCGGAGGAAUCAAAAUUAACUGCCGACGCUGAGCAAUCAACAUCAGACGGAAUUUUGAAGAAAUCAUAG